AUGCGGGAGAUGGUCGAGGACCGGCGCGUGUGGGCGGCCUCAUUCGCCGGCACGGCCCUGGUCUGGGGCCGUGGCCGCCGGGGCCAGCUCGGCUGCGGCCGCAUCCAGCGCUGCACGGCAACCCGCCCGAAACUGGUCCGCUUGCCGCCCUGCACGGCCGACGCCUCACCGGCGGCACCGACGUCGGUAGCGGCCGUUUCGGCGGCCAAGGCGCACACGCUCGUGCUGUCGGGCGACGGCCGCGUGUUUGCGUGCGGUUCGGGCGACCACUGCCGACUUGGCGGCGCCGAGAAGGGCCGGGCGAAGCGGGGGCGCGACGCGCGCUGGGUGCGGCGUCCGGUCUUGCUAGCGAGCCUGCCGGCCGACGGCGAGGCGCGGCGGGUCAAGCAAGUCGCCGCCGGGCACCAGCACAGCCUACUCCUGACCGAGGAAGGACAUGUGUAUUCGUUUGGCGAGGGGCUCUACGGCUGUCUUGGCCACGGUGACCGCCAGCCGCGGCAAGUGCCCACGCUCAUCACCCAGCUCGUCGCCAGCCUGGUGCUGUCCGACACCGGCAUGCUGAUGGGAUUCGGCGGGCUGGAGGGCCGCGGCAUGCCCGUCUUCGCGCCGGUGCCCUCCACCCGGCCGCACCCCGACGCCGCGACGCGCGUGGCGGCCGUCGCGUCGGGCGCCUACUUCUGCGUGAUCCUCACCACAACGGGACAGGUCCACCUGCUGGGCAACCUGCUCGGCACACGCGUGCGCACGCCGCUCAUGCACCGGCGCGUCGCGCUCGAGCCCACCGCCGCCGCCGCCAACGACGACAAAGAUCUCUGCGCUGCUUACAACGACAAUGAAACGGUGGUGAUGGUGUCGGCCGUGGCGGCGGGCGAUCGCCAUGCGCUGUUGCUGACGGGCGACGGGAGAGUGUUCGGCCUGGGCUCCACCAACGGCCGGGGCCAGGCGAGGCGCGGUGAGCCGAGACGAGACGACGCGGCCUACGAGGUCACGGGCGACAGGGGCGCGCUGGCCGGAGCGAGGGCGCGGGUGCGGGCCGUUGCGGCCGGCUCGGCGCACAGCGUGGCGCUCACGACCGACGGGCGGCUGUGGGCCUUCGGCUGCGACAGGGACGGCCAAGCGGUCGCCGGCACGCGAACCAAGAUCGUCAGGCGUGCAAAGAGCCUCGAGUGGAUGGUCGUGGCCACGCGGCCAGGAACGGCGCAACUCCCACGCAUGGUCACUUUCUUGAUGCAACUUCGGUUGACGAAGACAGUCAGGGAGAUGCCCUUGCACGAGACCUUGCCCGAUAUGUCGAUGUUCUUCCUCGGCGCGAUGAUGAAGCGGAUCUUGUACGUUGCUGGGGUGUCGCCCGGAAACACCGAGAUGCGCCAGGUGACCUUGCCCUGCGCGACUCGAUCGUCGAACUCGACGGUCGGGGUCGAGUGA